AUGUCAGGAAACAAUUUUAGCAGUCCAGCAGUUUUCAUCCUACUGGGCUUCUCUGACCAGCCCCAGCUGGAGGCGGUUCUACUUCUGGUCAUCUCUGUCAUCUACAUUGUGACUCUCAUAGGGAACACAAUGAUCAUAGUCGUGUCAUUCUUGAAUCCAAAACUCCACACACCCAUGUACUUCUUCCUCUCCAACCUCUCCUUCUUGGACCUCUGUUUCACGACAAGUAUUGUUCCCCAGAUGCUCUGGAAUUUCAAGGGCCCAGAGAAGACGAUCAGCUAUGCUGGUUGUAUGGUCCAGCUAUUCAUUGCUUUGGGGCUUGGCUCCACAGAGUGUAUCCUGCUGACAGUGAUGGCCUAUGAUCGCUUCAGCGCUAUCUGCCGACCCCUGAACUACGGGGUCAUCAUGCACCCUAAGCUCCUCCGGCAGCUGUCAGCCUUGGCCUGGAUCAGUGGUUUUGGGGAGUCCACAGUUCAGACCUCCCUGGUUUUUCAGUUGCCUCUGUGUGGCCACCACAGGAUGGAUGAUUUUAUGUGUGAGGAGCCAGCCAUGAUUAAAAUCGCCUGUGGGGACACAACCUUCCUAGAAAACGAACUGUCUGCAGCUAUAGUCCUCUAUGUGGUGAUUCCCCUGGGACUUAUUCUGAUCUCUUAUGCCUGCAUUGUUCGGAGUGUGCUAAGGAUUAAAUCCACAGAAGGACGGAGGAAAGCAUUUAGUACCUGUGGGUCACACCUGAUUGUUGUGCUUUUGUUCUUUGGGACUAUAAUUUCCGUCUACAUUCAACCCAAGAGCAAGUACACACAGAAUCACACGAAGUUCCUCACCCUUUUCUACACUGUAGUGACACCCUCACUUAAUCCACUGAUCUACACCUUGAGAAACAAGGAAGUUAAGUGGGCAAUAAAAAUGCUGCUGACCAGAGACUCAAGCUAG